GCCCCCUCUUACGGCAGUAGCAUGCUGGCCAUCCGAUGCCUCCGCGGGAGCCUGGGCACUGCUCUUCGGCGCCCGAUCGCCGGAUGGGCUCACAUCCGUGCACUCGCUCCUAGCCUGACCGAGGGCGACCGUAAGCCCGGGCCUGGCGCGGCCCCGGCGCGUCUCUUCGCCUCGGGCCCGCCGCAGGAUCGCGCUCGUCGAUUUACCCCUCGCCGCCACUCGUGGGAGCGCCAUGAGUAUGAUGCCGCGGCCGGGGCGUCGCGUUACAUCGAGGUCGAGGAGGAGGAGGAGGGGGAUGACUUUGGCUUCUUCGUCGACAUAUCCAACCUGACUCCCGGCCCUUCGGAGCCCAAGCGCACAGGCUACAAAUCCAGUUCCCGCGCCAUGGACCAGGCAUCCGAGCGGAUCGCCCAAUUGGACACCUGGGAUGCUCUGGCGCCCUUCCUGGAUGCGCGGCUGGUGGCACUGGCCUCGGCCCCGACCGGCACCCGGCUUCCGGCUCCGGAGCGUCACGCACGUCGGCCGCAUGGUCUGGCCUGGGCCACGCCAACGCCCAUCCAACGUGCGGCCAUCCCGGUCGUGGCCAGUGGCCAGUCGGUCAUUGCUUCGGCGCAAACCGGCACAGGCAAAACCGCGGCCUUCCUCUUCCCGGCGCUGAGCCGUCUUGCGGCCCAGGUGGCCGAAGAGCGCGCGGCAUCCGGCGACGGCCCCCUGCCCGUGCAUGAUGGCCCGCCCCAGCCGCGGGCCCUGCUCUUGGCUCCGACCGGGCCGCUGGCAGCCCAAGCCUUCGAGGUGGUUUCCGACUGGGCCGUGGCCGUGGGCCUGUCAGUGGGCUUGGUGGCCGGCCCCCACAAGUUGGCUUCGCACCCGCCUGGCCGGCCCAAUCCGGAGCUGGUCAUCAGCACUCCUGGUGCCCUUCUUCGGAGCUUGGGUGUGGGGAAUUUGGAUCCCCGGCGACUGGCCCUUGCCACCGGGGUGACUCGUCGCCCGGGGGCCGACCAAGAUCGGCGGGAUUUGGCCAGCAUCCGCGAGUCACUGGCUGCCAGUCAGUUGGCCCAAAUGGACCUCGACACUCCGUGGGACCACCUGCAGGAGGGCGCCGACCAGGCCGACAGCGAGGAUGAGGAGCUCAUGGACCCCUUCUCGGCGGGCGAGGAAAAUGAAACGGAUGUCGCCCCGGCCACCGGCUCCUUCGACGAGUGGAUGCGUCAAAGUGGCCUUCUCAAUGACGAUGAGUUCCAGCAUUUGAAGCAGCUGGACCUGGCGGAGAGUGGGUUGCGUGCGCGUCCGGCGCGUCGCGCGCGUGUGGCCACCACCGACUCGACUCCGACGCCGGCUGUGCCAGCGCCAGCGCCCCCGGCCGGGCCGCAGAUCGACCUCUCCCGGUUGGACAUCUUCCUGAUUGAUGAGUGUGACCGGAUGCUCAGUUUGGGGCUGCUCCCCUCGCUCUUUGCCUUGUGGAAGUUCAUCCCGCGCCCGAGCCAGCGUAAGGUCCAAACUCUGCUUUUCAGUGCAACCCUCCCAGAGAGCACACACAACUCGCUCCUUCGCUUUGCCCCGCAGCAUGAGCUUGUUCAUCUGAAUGACAAGAUGCUCUCGCCCGAGCAGCUCAAGGAGUAUGUUUAUGAUUGUGGCGCCCAGCGAAAGAUGUCUCUCCUGUUGUACUUCCUCCGUCGCCACCGCCGGUCCCAUGUCACCCUGCUGGACCGAAAGACCAUGGUGUAUGUUCGGAGCCGGGUGCGUGCGGAGCGGGUUGCCGCGCACCUCCGGGAAAACGGCGUCCGCGCUGUGGCCCUUCACUCGAAGGUAUCGGCCGCGCAGCAGCGUGCCACGCUGGCGCGCUUCGCCCCGCCGGCCGAUGGCUCCGGCACUGCCCCGCCACCGGCGACGCGCUUCCGCAAGGCUUUCACCGAUGACGGAAAGUCAGAGAUUGAUGUGAUGGUGGUGACCGAUGUUCUCGGUCGAGGCAUCGACCUGCCCAACGUCGAGGCCGUGGUCAACCUGGACCUUCCCCUGCGUGCGGAGGAUUAUGUCCACCGGGUGGGCCGCACCGCGCGUGGUGAUCGCUCCGGUCUGGCCCUCACGUUCGUCAGCCCGGAACUCCAAAAUAUCAAGGUUGGCACCUACCAAACUACACGUUCCGAGUCCGCCACUCUGCAGGCCAUUGAGACGAUGCUUCGGCGGCGCCUUCCCCGAAGCAAGGUUCCCGGGCCUUGGCUGGACGUGGAUUCGGCCACAUAUGAUCGUCUGCGUGGGCGCGAGGCGACCCCGGGGCCGGAUGCGACCGCUUCGCCGGUUAGCCCGGCCAACGGCAAGCGCCUCCGGCCGAAGGACAUGUCGUCGGUCGUCCUGCCGGCGGCCAUGUUCUCCGAUCGAAAGGUGGCCAGCUUGAGCCGGGCGAUGGCCUUCCAUGCUGGCGAUGAGCAAGCCACGUCGGCUCUGGCGGCCCCGCUGGUGGAUGCAAUGCGCGCGGCAGCCGCCGCCGAGGCGACCGGGCCCGCCAAUCCCUCCUUCGAGGAGUUGGUCCAGAAGUUCGAGCGCAAGCGCGCGCAGGACAGCGGUCUUGCCAGCAGCAUGGUGCAUGCGGCCUCCUUUGACAGGACCCGGCAGAGGGCCCCGCUCUUUGUGCCGGACGUGGAGCGAAGUGUGCGCGAUGCCCUGGAGCGCCUGCCGGUGGCACAACUCGGCAACAAGACUGCCCUGAACCGGGCCCGGCGGAUUGCCUCGCGCCGGGGGAAGCGCCGUGCCGCGGCCGCUGCCCAGAGCCAGCGCGAGGUCCAUCUUCAGAAGAAGGGCUCCCGUGAGAGUGGCACCAUUGGCCGUAGGAGCUCCUCCCCCUCCGGCAGCAAGGGCCCCUCCGGCGGCAAGAGCACCAAGAGGGCCACGCCGGUGGCCGAGCGCCCGGAGAAGCGCCGCCCCACUCUCGUCUGGUCUCGGGAUUAGCGUGUGUGUCCCCCCGCCCCCCCCCC